GCCGCCAUCUUUCCCUUGGGCGGAAGUGGCCGCGCGGCCCUCCCGAGGCAACCAACGAGAAGGGCGCGCGUGCCCACGUGACGGGCGCCCACGUGACGGGCGCCCCGUAGCCCUCCGCGUCCGCCGCGGGGGGACGCGGCCUGCGUGCCAGCCGCGGAGCCUCGGGCGCCUCCCGUGCGCGCGCGCGCCAUGAAGCUGUUGCGGCGCGCGUGGCGGCACCGGACGGCGCUGGCCCUGGGCGGCCUGGCGCUCUGCGGCGCCGGCCUGCUCUACCUGGCCCGCUGCGCCGCGGACGGCCCCCGCCCGCCGCCCGGCCGCAGCCCCCCGAAAUCGGAGGACAAGUUCGCGGUCGGGCCGGUCCGCGGCACGUGGCUGGCGGCGGCGCGGCGCGGCGGCCCGGGCGACGUGUGGGCGCGCUUCGCCGUGGGCACGGGCGGCCUGGGCGCCGAGGAGCGGCGCGCCCUGGAGCGCGAGCAGGCGCGGCACGGCGACCUGCUGCUGCUGCCCGCGCUGCGCGACGCGUAUGAGAACCUCACCGCCAAGGUGCUGGCCAUGCUGUCCUGGCUGGACGAGCACGUGGCCUUCGAGUUCGUGCUUAAGGCCGACGACGACUCGUUCGCGCGGCUGGACGCGCUGCUGGCCGAGCUGCGCGCGCGCGAACCCGCGCGUCGCCGCCGCCUCUACUGGGGCUUCUUUUCGGGCCGCGGCCGCGUCAAGCCCGGGGGCCGCUGGCGCGAGGCCGCCUGGCAGCUCUGUGACUACUACCUGCCCUACGCGCUGGGCGGCGGCUACGUGCUCUCGGCCGACCUGGUGCACUACCUGCGCCUCAGUCGCGAGUACCUGCGCGCCUGGCAGAGCGAGGACGUGUCGCUGGGCGCCUGGCUGGCGCCGGUGGACGUCCAGCGCGAGCACGACCCGCGCUUCGACACCGAGUACAAGUCCCGCGGCUGCAGCAACCAGUACCUGGUGACUCACAAGCAGAGCCUGGAGGACAUGCUGGAGAAGCACCAGACGCUGAUGCGGGAGGGCCGCCUGUGCAGGCAGGAGGUGCAGCUGCGCCUGUCCUACAUCUACGACUGGUCCGCGCCCCCCUCGCAGUGCUGUCAGAGGAAGGAGGGCAUCCCCUGAGCCGCGGCCGCAGCCGACCCGCCGCGUGCCGCACGGAGGCCGGGACAGGGCCCCCAAGGCGGCCGCCGCCGCGACGGUCGUUCAGGGUCCCGUGAGGCAGCCGCUGAGGCGGCCUCCCGCCGGCCUUGCACGGGCACGGCUGACGGGUUCUGGCCGGGUGUCCGGAAGGAGCCCAGCCCUCAAGGGGACCUGGCUUCUGCGGCGACCGGUAGGGUUUUCAGGCAGACGCCAAGCGGCGGCGGACAGCUCGCGGGUGCCAGCUCCCGUGGGCGCGCCCAGGGCCGUGCACCCCAGCGGCCGCCACCGGGCCUCG